UGUUCAAACUUCAAAAAGUCACCGAUUUAACUGUGAUGGUUUGUUACCGAUUUAUCAUUAAGUCAUAGUCAAUUUUACAGGAUUUGGAUUUUACAGUCUUAGUUACAACACUAUUAAAAAUUUUAUUCAUUUCAUAUAAAAAAACAAAUUGUAAAAUGUUCCGUUGUGCAUUGACUGCUAUCCGGACCAUACGACCCAUUGUGAUCCAAAAUCACGUUGCCAGGAUUAUUUAUGACCAACCAAGAAGUUUCUCUGCACUGAAUACAAGAAUUAAUUCAAUUGUUUACACUGGUUGUACCAACUCUAACAUAUCUUUGGUGAAUAACAAGCAAGUUUUAGAUGUGUCUAACAACUUAAUAGUCCCAACCAGAUCAGUAACUAAGUUCAGUUUGAAAAAAGGAAAAAGAAAGACGGUCAAAGCAGCUGUUAAAAGAUUCUUUAGGCUACAUUGGGGCGCCUGGAUCAGGACCAAAAUUGGUAGACAUAAGAAGUUAUGGAGAAAAUCUCAGGCACAGAAAAGACGUUUACGUCAACAUGUAUUCGUUAACUCCACACAGUCUGUGUUAUUAGACAAAAUGGUAACCAAGUAUUGGAAGAGACCCAAGUACUAUGUGGAUGACCCUUACGAACCGUACCACACAAGGGAAGAGUUUCAUUUGACAAGGAAGAAGCCUAGAGAGACGUACUAGACGUUAUGCCCAUCAUAUUGUUAAUUUAUGUUAGUCAAUAAAGAAUAAUUUAGAAUUUUA